AAGGGGGUCAUCCCAGGGCUUCCCUGACCAUGCAGUUUCUUGCUACCAUUGUUACGGGUCCCCAACAUUCCAUCUUUGGGGCCUACUCAAUCCCUCCCUUCAGGUUCCAGCCUCGCAAUAGGAGCAUGGACUGGAGGCGCAUGAGUGUCCUAGAUGUGAACCGUGUGAUACAAGAGCUGGAUGUGGCCACCCUGCAGGAGAACCUCACUGACAUCACCUUCUGCACCUUGGACGGGGAGGUAUAUAGCCACUGUUCACAGCCUUUGGACCAGGCACUGGUCAAUGUGCUGCGCCUAGCACAGCUCACCAUCGAGUACCUGAUGCACUUCCAAGACUUCCUAAUGACCAGAGUUACCCUGUUGCAGCUGUACCUGCAAGCCAGCCUGAGGCAGCAGUCACAGAGUCAGCAGGAGCUGGACUCCCAGGCUGAAGAGCUCAGGCGUUUGCGAGAGGAAACGCACCAGCAACUGCCAGAUGAUCAAAGACUUGCAGCAGCUUCUCCAAUGGUCAGGUGGCCAGAGCUACUAUAUGUGCCAUCUGUGUGAGAAGACCUUCCUGAGUGCCUCCUACCUCUCGAGCCACCUGCAUCGCUGGCAUGAGGGCACAGCACAGGCGGUGAGUCCUGGUGGCCCUCCUCGGUCUGUGGAAGGACCUUGACUGGAAUUCAGUGGGUGGCGGCACAUACAUCACCUAAACAUUCCCUCGGAACCUCAUCAUACACUGGAGGAUGGGAUUAUCCCACCAUCCAUCCUGGAGAUCCUACUUGGGGCUGGGAAGGGUUGCAUCUGACCAUGUGUGUAGAGCUAAAGAGCUGGGAGUCACACAGGUAGGUUCCAGUCUUAGUUUUGUCCCCUUCAGUUCUGUGACUAUGGUCAGUGCUUCCCUCCUGAAUCUCAGUGGCUUUCACUAUGAAUGGGGCAGUCAGACUGAGUGA